AUGUCCACGGGCCUCGCGCCCUCUCUCCGCCACUCUGUACGCUCCGUCAAGUCCGGCUCGUCUUCGCUUGGGGACAAGCCUGCCACCAAACCUGCACCGAAGCCUGUCUCGCUUCCCCGUCGCCUGCUCUUUCCUACCCUCCCUGCCGAUGCCGACCUUCCGCCACUGCUGACCUCCCCCCUGGCUGUGCCUGUCUUGAAUGGUGAGCUGUACGACUUCGUCGCGCUUGCCUUGCGCGCAUACGUGAACCCGUGGUGGACAAAGAUUACGCGUUAUGACAAGGAGUUCCUCCCCGAGAUUACGCGCAUCCUUACAAGCGUAGUACGCACGCUCGAGGCCCGUCUUCUCGCGACGGACCUUUCUCCUCUGGUCUUCCGCGACCUCCCUACUCUCCUGACGCAGCAUUAUGUCGACUUCCGAAGCGCAAGGGCAAAGUUACACACCUCGUAUGCGACUGGCGGCGCAGCGACCCUACCUCAACUCUUUCAUCACCUACAGCCGCACAUGGCUAUCAGCGCGGAUGGACGCGUCGACGAUGUCUACGUUCGCCAGGCUGUAGACCAUAUCCUCAAGGCUUGCCUUCCGCCAGAAGACUACGACUCGGAGGCGGAGCGGUAUAUUGUCCGGGAGAUCAUCCUGAGUGUGCUCCUGAAGAGCGUCAUGCCACGAGUGACCCAACCUUGGUUCAUCCACAAGAUCUUGCUGGACCAGCUGGGAGCGGAGCAGGACAAGGGCAAGGGUGUCGAGCCACCUCGUCCUGGACAUCCUACAUCCACUUCGGACGGGGCGCAUGCGUCCCGCCAAGGGUUCUCACUGCAAUCACUAGCCAUUGUCUUUCUCUCUGCCAUCCAAUCCAUAUCUGGGGUAUGCCUCCUCCUAAUUCACACAUACAGACAAGCCCGGAACACCGUCAAGAGGGUUAACGAGAGCGCACCUCUCUUCCCGGAUUCGCCUACGAGUCGGCCCUUGACACCCGAUGUAAUACCAAGUCCCGUCCCUUCCCCCAACCCAAUCGCCAUUCCGGGUAGCCUGGCCGCCGUGUCUGCGCCGUUAAGAGUCGUGUCGCAACCAGUAACACCGCCCCGAGGCCCGCCUACCCCCACCUCGAUAUCGUCCGUGAACCCUCUCCUCCGGACGACAUCGGCUUCGACGGUCCAGACGGCGUCCAACUCUUCCUCUUCUACCCCUGCCGCCCUACACUCGACCCCUCCCUCGGCCCCACCAUCUCCGCCGAAUUACACCGCUCCGUCCCUCCACCUUGUCCAGACCCUCCUCCCGCCGUCGCUCACCGCGCGCGCACUCACCCAAACGCUUGCCUUGCCGCUCACCGCACUCGAUCCGUUCCUCUCGCGGCUCCUCCCCUACCUCCUGUACACACACGCAUUGUCGCCGGACAGGAUAGCCGGAGUCGUGCGGAGCGCAAAGAGGGCUUUGUUCCCGGAAGGCUGGCCAGCGCCGCCCCCACCAGAUCCAACUCUCGAAGAACAAGCCGUUAUGAGGGCUGCCCUCGGGAGGAGGUUACUCGCCGCCAUUCCAGCGCCGCUGGCGAUAGUGCUGGGCCCUACUUCAGAAGCACGGACGAGCGCGAUCGACGGAAUUCUGGACCCGCUUUCUUCUCAGGCCUGUAACGCGCAUCUCAUGCUCUUCAUUCUCGACCUCGUUUUGGUGACAGUCUUCCCGGAGCUGGGCGCGUCUGAGGCCGUAUCGCCUGGCGCCGCGGCUGAAGGUGCUAUUAGUUUGGCGGCUAGGACGCCUUGA